AAGUUAUUGGGUUACAACAAACGCCUAGUAAUGAUAGGCAGUGUAUUGAAACAUUCAGCAAAUGACUUAUCCUCUAUGGGAAUAAUCUUUGGAAUCACGAUCAGCGCAUUUAUUCUAUCCGGUUAUGCAAUUCUUCACACAGAGCGCUCCGAGUACAUGUCAAUCUUCACCUCUGCACUCAAUUCCGUCAUAUAUUUACUCGGUAAAAAUAAACUUGGACAUAUCAUGAUGGUUUAUUCCGACUCUCCUCUGCACAAUCUCUAUUUUAUGGGCCUGGUAUUUUAUGUUAUAUUUAUAUUAAUCACCAUGUUUCAAGCUAUACUCAACUCCAGCAUGGCAGUAAUCAAGAGCGACCUUGAUCAAAUUCCAGCACCAUAUGGAAUAACGAAUGUGUUAAAG